AUGUCUCUGCUUACCCCCGUCCUGCUGCCCCCGGAGCUGAAGAGCUACCUGACCCGAGGAGAGCGCUUCAUCAAAUGGGAUGAUGAGACUUCAUUGGCAUCCCCCGUCAUCCUUCGAGUGGAUCCCAAGGGAUAUUAUUUGUACUGGACAUAUCAAAGCAAGGAGAUGGAGUUCCUGGACAUCACCAGCAUUCGGGACACUCGGUUUGGCAAGUUUGCUAAGAUGCCCAAGACCCAGAAACUUCGAGAAGUUUUCAACUUGGACUUCCCUGACAACACGUUCUUGCUGAAGACCCUGACUGUGGUGUCUGGCCCAGACAUGGUGGACCUGACCUUCCAUAACUUUGUCUCCUACAAAGAGAAUGUCGGCAAGGACUGGGCUGAAGACGUUCUGGCUUUGGCUAAGAACCCAUGGGCAGCCAAUGCCCCCCGGAGCACAUUCCUGGAGAAGAUCCUAGUAAAGCUUAAGAUGCAGCUCAACCCUGAAGGGAAGAUCCCUGUGAAAAAUUUCUUUCAGAUGUUUCCUGCUGACAGAAAACGAGUAGAGGCUGCACUCAGUGCCUGUCACCUUCCCAAGGGCAAAAAUGACUCCAUCAACCCGGAGGAUUUCCCUGAGCCCGUCUACAGGAGCUUCCUCAUGAGUCUGUGUCCUCGACCUGAGAUCGAUGAGAUUUUCACCUCUCACCAUGCCAAAGCGAAGCCUUACAUGACCAAGGAGCAUCUGACCAAGUUCAUUAACCAAAAGCAGCGGGAUGCCCGACUCAACUCCCUGCUCUUCCCACCGGCCCGACCCGACCAAGUACAGUGUCUCAUCGAAAAGUAUGAACCCAGCGGCAUCAACAUCCAGAGGGGUCAGCUGUCCCCAGAGGGAAUGGUUUGGUUUCUCUGUGGUCCUGAGAACAGUAUAGUGGCCCAAGACAAACUGAUACUGCAUCAGGACAUGAGCCAGCCUCUGAAUCACUACUUCAUCAAUUCCUCCCACAACACCUACCUGACAGCUGGUCAGUUCUCCGGGCCCUCGUCCUCGGAGAUGUACAGACAGGUCUUGCUCUCUGGCUGUCGCUGUGUGGAGCUUGACUGCUGGAAGGGGAAGCCUCCUGAAGAAGAGCCCAUCAUCACUCAUGGUUUCACCAUGACCACAGACAUCUUAUUCAAGGAUGCAGUAGAGGCCAUUGCUGAGAGUGCCUUCAAGACCUCCCUCUACCCGGUCAUCUUGUCCUUCGAGAACCACGUAGACUCGCCUCGACAACAGGCUAAGAUGGCAGAGUACUGUAGGACCAUAUUUGGGGACAUGCUGCUCACUGAGCCCCUGGACAAGUUCCCUCUGAAGUCAGGGGUCCCCCUCCCCAGUCCCCAGGACCUUCUGGGCAAAAUCCUUAUCAAGAAUAAGAAGAACCAGUCCCCCGCUCCUGUUCCACCCAAGAAAGGACUGUCUGCUGAAACAGAGGGUAGCCAGGCCAAUGCAGCCAUGGGUGAGGACACAGUGUGGGUUGGUGAAGAAGAAGCUGAGCUGGAGGAAGAGGAGGAAGAAGAAGAAGAAGAGGAAGAAUCAGGUAGCCUGGAUGAAGAGGAAAUCAAGAAGAUGCAGUCGGAUGAGGGCACAGCUGGCCUGGAGGUGACAGCAUAUGAGGAGAUGUCUAGUCUGGUCAACUACAUCCAGCCCACCAAGUUCAUCUCCUUCGAGUUCUCCUCCCAGAAGAACCGGAGUUAUGUCAUCUCUUCCUUUACGGAGCUGAAGGCCUAUGAUCUGCUCACCAAGUCCCCUGUGCAGUUUGUGGACUAUAACAAGAGGCAAAUGAGUCGGAUCUACCCCAAGGGCACACGGAUGGACUCAUCUAACUACUCUCCCCAGAUGUUCUGGAACGCAGGCUGCCAAAUGGUUGCCCUCAAUUUCCAGACUAUGGAUAUGCCCAUGCAGCAGAACAUGGCACUGUUUGAGUUCAACGGGCAGAGCGGCUACCUUCUCAAGCACGAGUUCAUGCGCCGGCCGGACAAGCAUUUUGACCCAUUCUCUGUGGACCGCAUCGAUGUGGUGGUGGCCACCACUCUCUCCAUCACGGUGAUUUCUGGGCAGUUUCUGUCAGAGCGAAGUGUCCGAACUUACGUGGAGGUGGAGGUGUUUGGCUUGCCCGGAGACCCCAAGAGGCGCUACCGAACCAAACUGACACCCAGUGCCAACUCCGUAAAUCCCGUCUGGAAAGAGGACCCCUUCGUCUUCGAGAAGAUCAUGAUGCCAGAACUAGCCUCUCUGAGAGUGGCAGUCCUGGAAGAAGGAGGCAAGUUCAUUGGGCACCGAAUUAUCCCAGUCCAUGCCCUGCACUCAGAUUCCACAGAACCUCAGACAGCCAGUGUGGAGGAGCUGCAGCAGCUGAAAGGGUUCCUGAAGCUUCAGAAGAGACAGGAAAAGGAACUUCGGGAACUGGAGAGGCAGGGUGCCCGGCGCUGGGAAGAACUUCUGCAAAAGUAUGCCAGCCUACAGGCUGAAUUGACACCCCAGGGUGGAUGCAGGAAGCUGUCCAUCACUAAGGGAUCCCGGAAGAAGAGAAGCUUGCCUUGGGAGGAGACCAGUGGGGCCGGGAUGGGGCCGGUCGAAGGACCAGAAAGCACAGAUGGGCGCAUUCGAGAGCUGAAGGAAAAGCUGGAGAUGGAACUGUACCAGCAAGGGGAGGAGCAGUAUGAAAGCAUCAUGAAACGCAAGGAACAGCAUGGGAGUGAGCUAAUGGACAAGGUGCUGAAGCUGGCCCAGGAGAAACAAGCAGCUGAACUAAAGGCUCUCAAGGAGUCUGCAGACGGUAAUACCAAAGAGAUGAAAAAGAAGCUUGAAGUCAAGAGGCUAGAACGGAUCCAGGCCAUGAGCAAGAUCACCAGUGACAAGAUGGCCCAGGAGAGGCUAAAGAGAGAGAUUAACAACUCACAUAUACAGGAAGUGGUCCAUAUCAUCAAACAGAUGACAGAGACUUUGGAGAGGCACCAGGAAAGGCUGGAAGAAAAGCAAGCGGCUUGUCUGGAGCAGAUCCGGGAGAAGGGGAAGCAGUUCCAGCAAGAGGCAUUGUCUGAAUAUGAGGAACGGAUGAAGGGCCUGGAGGCCAAAGUGAAGGAGGCAGUGAGGUGCUGCCUCAGUUUCCCCGCAGAUGUCAACGACAAGAAGCCAGAGACGCCCAGCACUGUGGAAGAUCCUUCAGAGGAGACAUUGAGCCCAGCUGAGUGCUCUUCCCAGCUAGAUAGCCGUCUCUAAAGUCUGCUCUCCCUUCCCAUUCUGGCAUGAGGGCAGGGCUCCAGCUGGGGAGUGUGCCCCAAACCCGUUACCUCCCUCAGAUCUGCCCACGUUCCUCUAACAUAAAGGAACUCCGGAGGACGUGCUGGCUGGAGAGAAGGAGGGCGAUUCCGGAGUCUGUCUAUUCCUGUUCUUUAGCCUCAUCUACAGUUUCUGACACUCAACUCUCAGGGUCAGAAUUCAGGGGGUAGGGGAGGGGGUACCCCUCCAGGACAGCCCCCAGGAGACCGAUAGCACUGCUCAGGACUGGGAAAAAGACCAUUUCUGACAUGGACAGAUCUUGAGCCUCUAGGACGGCUUGUUAAAGAUGCUGGGGUUGAUCUAAGUACAUUUAUUCACCCUCACCCAUUUCCAAUUUAAUUUAUCCCGUUUAUUGUCAAUUCUCGAGGAAAAUUCAAGAUUCCGGCUUCUAACUCUAUCAAUAUCAGAACCAAAGCCAUCAUCCCCGGGUAACUCUGGGCUCAGGAUAAAUCUUCCUAGUUAGGUAGAGCCAGAAUCCACACCCUUAAAGCUCUCCUAAGUUCUUCCUGGCCUGGAACUGUUUCAGACCAAGGAUUCCUCCCAGGAUGAGAUGAUCAGAGACCCAUCUCUCCCUACCACCUACUGAGAUAGGAUGAUUCAGAAGGACUACCCUGCCUUUCCCUGGCACCUUUGCUUUAUUAGAGUCCAGAUGAUAGAUCAAGAGAUGACAGAGAAGGGAAAGAUUCAAGGAAGGUUCGAGGAACCCCAGUGUCUACAGUCCACACAGCCCUCAGACUCUCCUUUCCUUCCCCCGAUCCACAGUCCUGGAGUUAACUAAUGAUAAGAUUUAGGGCCAUCUCAUUCCCUCAUUUUCAUUUCCUCCUACCCCCCACCCCUCUCUAUCCUUUCUUCUUGCCUAUGGACUUCAAGAAACUGAGCUAGAAUACAGGCCUCCCAGCCCCGAGAUUGUUCCUCCCUCCUCGCCUCCACCAUCUCCAUCAAACUGCUUCUUGGGGGACACACUGUGUGGACAAAUUGAUUUGUGGUUAAAGGAGGAGCUGGGGUUGGGGAGGAAGAGAGAGAGGAUGGCUAUUUGUCCUGUAUUGUUUCAAGUUAUUUAUUAUUUGUUUUCUUUUUGACUCCA